GCGAAAGCAAGCAAAAUAUGUAAUGCACAUAUAUAAAUCUAUAAUCUUCGAUGCAUAGAGUUUUCUUUGUUGAUCAAGUUAUUAAUAUUGUUUUUUUGAAAGAUACAAUGAAGUUAAUCAUGAUGAUAGAGAUUCAUCCAUUGACAAACAAUCCUACAGCAGCUUGGCAUGAAUUAUCACAACAGCAAAAAGUUAUUAAAAUAAAUACUAAACUUCCAACAACUGAUGCACCAAAUGAUAAGCUUCGUAUUGUUUGUAUGAGCGAUACUCAUUCAUUAACGCCAUUUAUAAAAUUUGAUAUACCCAUGGGAGAUAUCUUUAUACAUGCUGGAGAUUUUACAAAAUGUGGUAGUUUACAAGAAGUUAUAGACUUUAAUGAUUGGAUUGGUAAUUUACCACACAGAAAUAAAAUUGUUAUAGCUGGUAAUCACGAACUUAGCUUUGAUCCUACAUUUACUCAUCCUUUUUCUUUACAAACCAGUGGUAAUCGUCAAAAACAUACAGGGACCAGUAUUCUUGAUGACAUACCUACAUUAGGGAUGUCCAAAGAUACUCUUGCAGAAGCGAUACAGACUACUAAUAUUAAAGAUUAUUUGACAAAUUGUAUUUACUUAGAAGAUUCAGAAAUUGUAAUACACGGAAUAAAGAUAUAUGGCACUCCAUGGCAACCAGAAUUUUGUAAAUGGGCAUUUAAUGUACCUCGUGGAGAAGCAUGUCUUUCAAAAUGGGAAAUGAUACCAUCAGAUACAGAUAUUCUUGUAACACAUACGCCACCUGUAGGGCAUGGAGAUUUGUGUUGUAGCGGUGUAAGAGCUGGAUGCGUCGAGUUACUUUCUACAGUUCAAAAUCGAGUUAAACCAAAAUACCAUGUUUUUGGUCAUAUACAUGAAGGAUAUGGCAUCUCAACCGAUGGAAAAAUAAUAUAUGUAAAUGCAUCAACAUGCGAUUUAAAUUAUUUACCAAGUAAUCCACCGGUAGUCUUCGAUAUAACAUUACCAUCUGGUCAUUAUAAAUCAUAAAAAAGAUUAAAUAUAGUAAUAAAUUUCAUUACAUUUCUUACAUACAAACAUAUUAAUCAAGUACAUAUAAGAAAACAUUAAUUUAUUUAUGUAUAUAUUUUUAUGAAUUUUGUUACAUAUUACAUAUCUUUUAUAUUUAAUAUUAUCCAUCUAUUCUAGAAAAUUGCAGAUCACAUAUAAAAAAAUUAUA